CCUCCAUCCCGCGAUCCCUCCUUCACCUCCUCCUCGUUCAUCUUGGUCCCUUCGUACCUCGCCUGCUCGCAAAUUAGACGCUGCUUUAUCAAUUCCUCGCUCGGCCUUUACAGCUCCCUCUCACCUUCGUUUUUAUUCAAUCCCAUUCCAUGGAUCUUGACGCAGGGGACUCCCCGUGGGGCGACGUCCCAUCUCAGUCGCCCCCCACUCAUACUGCUCCUAAAACCGACGCUGAAGAACCAACUCCCGAUCAACCGACACAGCCAGCUAGCUCCAACGCUCCCCGCUCCCCCGUCCGAAGAGGUCCCAGAGGUACCCGCCGGAUUAAUGCGCAGGCGACCAAGUUAGAAGCCGUCGAUGAUUCCUUCGAUCCCUUGGGUCCGCUAGGAGACAAGGCCGCUGAGAGCAGCCCCCACGAACAGGCUCCGACUCCUCCGCAGAAGGAAGCAUUCGCCACGCGCAAUGCACGUCCUACUUCAUCAGCAUCGCAGGCCUCCAGUAGCGCGGCUCUGGGAGAGUCGGUCAACCUGGAAGAAGAUGGUGCGGGACUCCGGGGUCCUCCACCGGUUCAGCCCCCUAUCGACGCGGAGGGGUCGAAGCGACAGUCCGAACCCAGCAUCAGUGUUGAGAAGGCCGCGAAUCCGACCUUUGACAUCACCGUGGGCGACCCACACAAGGUAGGAGAUCUCACGAGCAGUCAUAUUGUGUAUCAAGUUAGGACGAAGACGACCUCGAAAGCCUACCGCCAACCGGAGUUUACGGUUAGCCGGCGAUACCGCGACUUUCUGUGGCUCUACAACUCGAUGCACAACAACAACCCCGGCGUUGUUGUACCUCCACCUCCGGAGAAACAAGCUGUAGGCCGGUUCGAUACGAAUUUCGUCGAGUCUCGGAGAGCAGCCCUAGAGCGAAUGUUGAACAAGAUUGCGGCGCAUCCUAUCCUUCAGCAUGACGGUGACCUUAAGAUCUUCCUCGAGAGCGACACGUUCAACCUUGAUGUGAAGAACAAGGAGAACCGGGAGCCAGAUCUGGGACAGAGCAAGGGCAUGUUUAGUUCCUUCGGAAUCAAUGUUGGUGGGGGUGGGAAAUUCGUUGAGCAUGACGAUUGGUUCCAUGACCGCAAAAUUUACCUAGAUGCCCUGGAGAACCAGCUGAAGGCCUUGCUGAAGUCUGUCGACAUUGUGGUGGCUCAACGGAAGGGCUUGGCCGAAGCAGCUGGAGAUUUCUCUGCUUCACUUCAUGCCUUGGCUGCUGUCGAGCUCUCUCCAGCCCUCUCGGCUCCCUUGGAGGGUCUUUCCGACCUUCAGCUGCGUAUCCGGGAAUUAUACGAGCGUCAGGCUCAACAAGAUGUUCUCACUCUGGGUAUCACCAUCGAUGAAUAUUUGCGGUUGAUUGGUAGUGUCAAGACAGCAUUCACCCAACGACAGAAGGCCUUCCACAGCUGGCAUGCGGCCGAGGCCGAAUUGCAGAAACGCAAGCACACCCAAGAGAAACUGCUCCGGCAAGGCAAAACUCAACAGGAUCGUCUGACUCAGGUCAAUGCCGAUGUGGCGGAUGCCGAACGGAAGUCUCACCAGGCAAGGUUGUUGUUCGAGGAUAUGGGCCGCUUGAUGCGGAAUGAACUUCAGCGCUUUGAGAAGGAGAAGGUUGAGGAUUUCAAGUCUGGCGUCGAGACAUUUCUGGAGAGCGCUGUCGAAGCUCAGAAGGAGUUGAUCGAACUCUGGGAAACCUUUUUGUUUCAACUCGAUGCGGGUGAAGAUGGCAAUCUGCUAUACGGAGCUCCCGGGGCGGGAGCUGCUCCGGCCGAGUCAACAGAAGGAGUUCCGGAGACAGUCCCGGCCCCGGAAUCUGAAGAGGCGUAAAGUGAUAUCCCAUUCCCCGUUGCUUCUGUAUAAAACAAUCCGCCACGACUUGUUGAUGCUCGCAUCCGUCAUUGUCGUCAAUUUCUCCUCGUGUCUCGAUUAGUAUCCUUUGGUGCGGCGCACAGUUGUUCCCGUUCGGCGAGUUUUUUGACAAGUACGCAAUUGAGAUAACUGUUCGGCAGCGCGUCUCAGCCUUACAUUGCCCAACACAUGUAGCCUAAUCCGCUUCCCAAAUCUGAGAUUGAAC